AUGGGCGUUGAAAUAUUUAAAAAAUUUUUGGAUGACAAUGAUAAAAUGAAUGAGGAUAUGGAGUCGGAAAAUCAUAGAGAUUACAAUUAUAAAAAUAAUAAUUCAGAUUAUGAUCCAUUAGAAUUGGUUCAUGAUCAAUGA